AUGCGCCGGUUGUGCCACGUGCUCAUGACCUUCGUCAUCUUUGCGUGGGAAACUCCUGGCGAGACGACUACCGACGGAGAUCAAGUCGACGUUACUGCUCUCGUGUCAUCCACUGUCCCAGCUCGUCUGAACGAAAGCGCGUUCGUCUCGCCAGAGCGUGUGGAGCUACACAAUUCCACCAUAGGCAAUACCAGCCUAGAGGACCCGAGAAAGGAGGAGAGGGCAAUUCUACCGUCCACUGUAUAUGAUGCAAUCGACAAGCUGUGGGAGGGCUUUUGGGGCACCAUACGCUCACGUACACCGAUUUUUAUCGACAAUUUCGCCGCACGCGUGACCGAGGAGAAGCUCAUCCAUGAGGGGACGAUAACCGACACCAAAAAGUUCCAGCUGUAA